AUGUUCCAUCGUCGAAAUAGAUAUCAACAACAAAAAAACUAUUCAAAACCAGCACGCAAUUCAAAUGCGUAUAUUGAUCCUGAUGAUUUAUAUUCACGUACAACAAGAUCAUUUGUUUCAAAAAAUUCGAAAAAACUAGCAGAUAACGGUGGGGGAUCGUGGUAUAGCCAAAUAAGAAAAUAUGCUCAAUUCCGAUACUAUGCAGUCCAUGAUGGUAUUAAUAAUGAUUUUUAUUAUUAUUAUGACGAUAUGGGUAAACAUUAUUAUUCAUAUUGGGAUGACAGAAGUGAAGAUCAAUUUGAGUAUUAUCCAUCGCAACUACAACUAUCAUCAAAGCCACGAGUGACAAACACUAAUUGUGGGUCAAAUGGAAAAAAUAAAUCAGAAACUAAUAAAACACUACCACGAUCACGAACAGUUCGAGAAAAAAAUGUUAUUGCAGCUGUAAAAACUAUUGAACCACGAUCAUCGCCGUCAGUAUCGGAAAAAAAUGCUUAUAUUUAUUGUGAAUCACCGAUUUCUUCACAUCAGCAUUUACAUAAAAAAACGCAAUUUUACGAAAUAAAUCGAAAUCAUUCCGGAAAACUUCUGAUACCACCGUCAUCGCAGCAAUGUGACCUUAAUACGAAAGUAAAAGAUAUUCGACUUCAAAAAGACUCAAAACUACCACCACCAUCUGCUAAUCCUGAUGUUAAACAAUCACACUCACCGUUAACAAGUAAAACAACAAGUGAAAUAUCAUUGCGAAAAGAUAGCCAACAACAACAUCAAGCAUUAUUAUCACCAUCAUCGCGAAAUAAUCAUCAACAAAACCAGACCAGUAUAUACCAAAAUCGACCAUCAGCAGCAAUACAAAUCCCUAUGAGUAAUGUAGAACCUCAACAACAACAAGAGGCAGCAAAUUCUGUU